ACUGGGCCCGGGACGUCCAUAGACGUGGCCGUCUAUGCUGUGCUGCGUUCUCUGGCGCAGUGUCCCGUGUGGAAAGAGAGAGAGAGAGAGGGAGAAGUUUGCUCUGCCUGCAUCGCAGCCUCCGUGCUGCUGGAAUCGAACACAACAAUGGCGACUCCCAGUUCCAGCAGCAACUCAACAACCUCCAGCGGAAACAGCAACAUUGCAGGAUCCACCUCGCACCACCAUCACCCGCAAACACAACACAUGACCACCGUCAGCAGCAUGCAAGAAAGCAACACGUGCUGGAGGUGUCAAAACGAAACAGGUAAACGUAAAGCCCUGAAGCUGAACUUCGCCAACCCUUCAGUGAAGCCAGCUACCAGGUUGCCCCUCAACCCCUCACCUUCAACUGCCCCUUCCUUCCAGAACCCACACAUAGAGCGUAUGAGGACACACAGUAUCGAGUCGUCGGGGAAGCUGAAGAUUUCUACGGAGAAGGCCUGCGACUUCACGGCCGAGGACCUGAGGGACCUGGGGGAGAUUGGCCGCGGGGCCUACGGCUCCGUCAACCAGAUGCAGCACAAACCCAGUGGACAGAUCAUGGCCGUCAAGAGGAUCCGCUCCACGGUGGAUGAGAAGGAGCAGAAGCAGCUGCUGAUGGAUCUAGACGUGGUGAUGAGGAGUAGUGACUGUCUCUACAUCGUUCAGUUCUACGGAGCUCUCUUCAGAGAGGGUGACUGUUGGAUAUGUAUGGAACUAAUGUCUACCUCAUUCGACAAAUUCUACAAAUGUGUAUAUUGUUCGUUAGAUGACGUCAUUCCAGAGGAAAUAUUAGGCAAAAUUACAUUAGCAACCGUUAAAGCGCUGAACCACUUAAAAGAAAACUUGAAAAUAAUUCACAGAGACAUCAAACCUUCCAACAUUCUCAUGGACCGUAACGGUAACAUCAAGUUAUGUGACUUUGGCAUCAGCGGUCAGCUGGUGGACUCUAUAGCCAAGACCAGAGACGCAGGCUGCAGACCCUACAUGGCACCGGAGAGGAUAGAUCCCAGUGCAUCCAGACAAGGCUACGACGUCCGAUCUGACGUGUGGAGUUUGGGGAUAACCCUGUAUGAGUUGGCCACCGGCAGAUUCCCGUACCCCAAGUGGAAUAGCGUGUUUGAUCAGCUGACCCAGGUGGUGAAGGGCGAGCCGCCGCAGCUCUGCAACUCUGAAGACAGGCAGUUCUCCCCCAAGUUCAUCAACUUUGUCAAUUUAUGCCUCACAAAGGAUGAGUCAAAACGGCCCAAGUACAAGGAGCUCCUGAAACACCCGUUCAUCCUGAUGUACGAGGAGCGGUUUGUGGACGUGGCCAGCUACGUGUGUCGUAUCCUGGACCAGAUCCCUGCCUCCCCUAUCUCCCCUAUGUAUGUGGACUGACGGGGGGGGGGGGGAGAAUCAGUACACCGCGACACACGACGCAUGACAUCCCGUGCCCUCAGUUACUAUAGUAACAAGGUGUUUGUUUCCAUGAGAACAAUUCCAGAUUCCAAACCAAUCGCUCUGUGCAAUACGAUAAUACACACAUACUUGUCGCCACCCUGUUCAAUGUCCAUAAAAACAUCUAGAUUAUCCUCCCGUCUUCAGACAGCUAAAGUUGAAGACAUUCAAUUGGCUCAACGUAUAUACACAACGGUCAUCUUUUUUAUGUGCUAGGAAAAAAACGGUUUAGAGUCAAUAUAUGGUGUAUACUUGAAAAUCGAUGUUACCAAAUAAACAAACAUGUUGGAAAGUGCCGCUCA